GCGGCUUCGAGCUGAUUCACAAGUUUUCAGGGGGAAGAAAUGGCCACUAGAAAGCACUAAAACAGGAGGAGGGAGGAUGUCUGCGGAGGUCGACGUGUUGCUACAGGAGGCGAAAGAAAGCAUCGAGGCGGCCCAGAACUAUCGCAGUGAACUCCAGCAGCGUCUGCAUGGACUCAACCAGGCUCGCAAACAGGUCCGGGGGAGUUCGGGUCAGGCCCGCGAGGCUCUACGGAGGCACUUCACAGAGCUGCAGGCAGCGGCAGGCCGGUUGCUGACGGAGCGACUGACCGCCCUGCUGGCCGAGGUGGACACCAUCGAGGCCGACAGCGUCAAACCGCUGGACGACUGCCAGAGCCUCAUCGAGCAUGGGGUGGGCCAGGCCGACGAGCUGCUGAGGGAGGGGGAGGCAGCUCUGCGUUGUGGUCUUGGAGAAAAGGAGGACAAACUGGGCAGUUUCACGAAGAAAGCCAUGCACAUCCAACUGGACAGUCUACCAGAGGUACCAGCGUUGGUGGACGUGCCGUGUGUCUCAGCCCAGCUGGACGACUCCCUGCUGGGGCUGCUGAGGGAGCGAGUGUCCCGCCAUGGAUGCGUCUCCUCGCACCCGCCCGUCCAAAUAGAGGAGCUGCAGGAGCGACCGGGCGGCAUCCUGGUCCGCUGGUGUAAGGUGGACGAGGACUUUGCCGCCGCAGAUUAUCGGCUGCAGUUCCGCCGUUCGGGCACCGGGGGGAGCCAGUACGAGGAUGCCUACAUCGGUCGGGAUUGCGAGUUCCUGGUUCUCCACAUGGACCCUCACACUGAUUAUUUGUUUAGGGUGUGCGCCCGCGGGGAGGGUCGCACCGAGUGGAGCCCCUGGAGCAUCCCGCAGACAGGAUACACCACGCUGGCACCGCACGAGUGGUGUCCAGGCACUGACGGUUACAUCCUGAGCAGCAGGAAGAACAUCGCUCUGCGUAACGAGUCCUCCCAAUCACGCUGCCCCGUCCUCUACUCCAACGCACCCACCUACUUCUGCGGACAGACACUGACCUUCAGGAUCUCUGCGGCAGGCCAGAUGGAUCGGAGGGACGCUCUGGGUGUCUGUGUGGACAACGGGAGCGGACUGGAGUCAUUUCAGAGAGAUCAGGCUGUCUGUAUUUCCACCAACGGUGCCGUUUUCGUCAACGGUAAAGAGAUGACCAACCAGCUGCCGGCCAUCACCUUGGGCUCGGCCGUGACCUUUGACAUGGAGGUGGUCAGCCUGUUCCCCAUCAGCAACAACAACCUGAGCGAGGGAGGCAACUUCAAGCUGAGGGUGACCAUCGGCUCGGGGAGCAGGGAGGUGGUGUUCGACUGGCUGGUGGACCAGGCGGUGGACUGCCUCUUCUUCGGCUGCUCCUUCGUCCACUCCGGCUGGAAAGUGCUCGUCUUUUAAAAAAAAAAAACAACCUCCGUCACUUUUUCCUUUUGUUUUGUUGUUGUUGUUUGUUUGUUUUUUACUCAAGAAUGAAUCGUGCUGGAUUCAGGAACCUUCUCACAGGCUCGGUUAAAUAUAUAUAUGUAUAUGUUCAAUUUGAAACAUUUCUCUUCUGUUGCUUUUCCUCUCGACUUUCCACAUCGAAAAAACGGGAAUUCUACUGAGGAAGUUUUUUUUUUUCCAUAUGUGAAAAAGUGACGACAUUGACCAACAACGACCUGGGAAAAAAGAAAAAAACAGCUGUUGAGCUUCUACGUGGACGAUCAAAUAGACGUAAAACUACUUUAACCUUCGUGUCGUCCUCCCGGGUCAAAUUGACCCCGUCUGUUUUGACUGUUCCUUCUUUCCUCCCUUCCUUCCGUCUAUCCUUCCUCCCUCCCUCCUUCUCUCUUUUCUUUCCUUCCUCUCUCUUUCCUCCCUUCUGUCUUUCCUUCCUCCAUCCCCCUUUCUCCCUCCCUCCUUCUCUCUUUCUUUCCUCCCCCCUACCUUCCUCCCUUCCUUCUACCCUCUGUCCUUCUUUCCUUCCUCCCUUCCUCUUUUCCUUUCUCCCUCCCUCCCUCCUUCCUUCUUUCCUUCAACCCUAUUACCUUCCUUCUUUCGUCCGUCCUUCCUUCCUUUCCUUCCUCCCUUCCUUCUUUCCUUUCCUUUCCUUCCUUCCUUCCUUCCUUCCUUCCUCCCUCCUUUCCUUUCCUUCCUUCCUCCCUCCUUUCCUUCCUUCUUCCUCCCUUCCUUCUUCCUCCCUCCCUUCCAUCCUUCUUCCUCCCUUCCUUCCUUGACUCGAGGACAACAGGAGGGUUAAAAAAAACCCUAAUUAACAGUUGUGAAGAUUGCAGCUAGGAAGUAACAUUUUUCCUCUGGAGGACAAGUGAAGAAAACAUUUCCAUCUUUUCAGGAAAGUUCCCUCCAGAGGGGAAUUUUACUUUUUGUAAGUGCAGAUUAUACAGGCUUAUUAAUACAAGCGAUUAGUGUUUAUUAUUAUUUUCAUCCCUUGGUCUAUUAAAACGUCAGAAAGCUGUGAAACAGGCCCGUUUAACAUUUCCCACAGUCCAAAAGUUGUGCUAUUAGAUCGCUCAUUUAAAAAAAAAGCUAAAACAAUCAAGCAUUCGACUUUUUUUUUAGCUUCAGCGAUCAGAUAAUGAAUCGCUGGUUAAAGACAUUUGUGGUGAUUCUACAAGCUGUCAAAUGUCAAUAAUGAACAGUAUGUAAAGGGUUAAAAAAGGGUCAAGUGAUCAUUUAGAGCAGUGAACGUUCCUCAUAGUGUUAAAAAAAAACCUCCUGUGAAGUCUUUAUUUUAAUUUUAUUAUUAUUAUUUUUAAACCUCCGUCAGUGCAGAAACCCAGCAGCAGUGAUCCAGAUCUUCUUCAGUCUCCAGAGGAAGAUGAGGAGCGAUAUCUAUAUUUUCUAGUCUAGUUUGAUUCUGCCGCCUUCGUUACGAGGUUGUUCAGUGUUUACAGCUUUGUGUGUUUUUUUAUUUUUAUUUGUCAGCACAUCCCUCGCUCGCAGGGAAGAGUUUUUUUUUUAACUAUGCAUCGUCUUCAUGGUAGCCAUAGCAACAGUUAAGAGGCAACAAGAAGACGGAUGUUAUGUUGGGUUUUUUUUGUUGCUUUUUAAUGUUAUUUUUUUUGUUAGAAGCAGGAAAGUAAAGACACUUUAAAAUCAGCCGCUGCCUCUCUUUUUAAAGGGUUAAACUUCUUAAAACCUGCUGGACUAUUUCUUUUUUUUUUUUUUUUUUUUCAUUAUAACAAAAACUCGUCACUGUGAAAAUCGCACCUCUUUUUUUUCAUUUUUAAAGGGUCAGUUCAUUAAGAAAAAAAAAAGAAAGAAAAAAAAAGCAUAUCUGUCAGUUUGUUUUUUUUGCAGAGACAAAUCAGCUCAACCGUCCUACUGCAAAAUGUGGAUUCAUCCGCCACUGAAAGUAGUCCCCAACAGAAGCACUAUGACUUCCUGUAUAUAGUCUGCUGUUUCCUCGCGGCUUCACGCUUUUUUAAUUAGUCGACUCUCCCGAUCUCGGAGCCAAUCAGAAGCUUGGAAAAUGUCAGCUGACGAUACUUUCGGCUGGAAAACGUCCGACCGAGCUCAAAGGAAGAGCUCGGCUUUUAACUAUUUUAUUAACUUUUUUUUUAAUUAUUAAUUUCAGCCCGAUAUGUUUGGAUUGUUACUAUUUAGUUGUUGUUUUUUUCAACAUAAUAAAAUGUUUUCCUGUGACUUUUUGUCCUGAAAUAACGACAAAUCUUUAAAGUCUGUGUAAAGUAAGAAUAAAUAUGUGUUCUGAGUUUGACAUACCACAGAAAAGUGUGUUGUUAACCACCCUGCCAAAUUUGAAUGAUUAAAAAAAUUUCCAAAUAUAUGAAAUUAGGCUUUAAAAUUGUGUAAAAAUCAGCCUCUAUCUCUGCUCACAAACGCUGUGGGAGUGCCCGCCGAGUCUGCUGAAGCCCCGCCCCCUAUCAAGUGUCACCUGUCAAUCAAAGUCACCACCUCUACCAGAAACAUGGAUGCUAGGUCUGAGAGCUUUCUGCUGCUAGCUCGGUGGCUAACUCGGCGGCUAGCUCGGCGGCUAACUCAGCUAACUGGCUAACAGUAGACUGUAGUAGUGUGCGCUGAAUGUAUUCAUACCUCUACAGCAGCAGGGGGGGGGUUAGGCUCUGGUGUGUAACCGGGCUAUUGGUUAACCGCUGCGUUACGUAACCCGGCGGAGAUUUUCAGACCUGACCAUUAAAUCCUGAACACAGAAAUGUUGAAACACAGUUUGUGAAUUUAUCUCCACAAUUCAAAUCUAAAUGGUUGAAAUGCUUUUUACACAUUUUUUAGAAAUACAUUUAUGACCUAUUUAAUGUGUUUAGAAGAAAACGUCUGAAUUCACUUUACACGGUCUUUAAAUAAUCUAAAAAACUGAAUCAUUAUCUCUCGGGAUAAAACGCUUCCAUUUUAGAUCAUUUAAUCCGAGAUAAAACUUAAAGAUAAAACUGUACGUUAAUUAUCACCUUUAAAAAAAAAAAAAAAAAAAGGUUUUUAACAGAAAUCAUCUGAGCUACGAUCCUUUUCCAAGCUGUUACAUUCAAUGAAGCUUUUUUUGCAACGACAAUCCUGCAAAGACAGAGUUUGACAAAGUGGGAGGAUGAGAGAGUGUGAGAUUAAAUCUUAUAUAAUAUAUUAUAUAACAUUAUUGAUAAAAAAAAUGUGCUCCGACAGCCUGAAUUAUUACUGUGUGUGUGUGUUGGCUGCUGUUUAUAUAGAAGGAGAGCGAUGUGAAGAAGUGACCUCGUCUGUGUAGCGUUGAUACUAAAACAUGUUUGACGUGUAAACAGCAGAAAAACAAGGAGGAAGAAAAAGGAAGAAGAAAGA